ACUAAGCUCUUAAGUUAUAGCAAACUGUCAACCAAAAAACAUGGCGAGUGAGCAAAACUGUCUUCAAACUCACAAAGUAGGGAUCAUUGGUGCUGGUAUUAGCGGCAUUGCUGCUGCUAAACAGCUCUCCCAUUACAGUCCAAUGGUGUUUGAGGCCACUGGUUCAAUUGGUGGAGUGUGGAAGCAUUGUUCUUUUACUUCUACCAGACUCCAAACACCUCGUUGUGACUUUGAGUUCUCUGAUUUUCCCUGGCCUGAAAGGGACAAUUCCAGUUUCCCUUCUCAUGAAGAGAUUCUGGAAUACUUGCGCAACUAUGCCACGCAUUUUGAUGUCUUGAAAUUUGUCAAGUUCAAUUCUAGGGUGGUGGCCAUUCGACAUGUCGGCGAAACCACCAAACUUGACGUGAAACCAGGGGAGUAUGGCGCUCUCUUUACAGGGCAUCCAGUCUGGGAGGUUGCUGUACAGACUGAUCAGUCUCACGAUGUGCAGUGGUAUGGGUUUGAGCUUCUAGUGGUAUGCAUUGGGAAAUACGGAGAUGUAAAAAGAAUGCCAGUGUUUCCACCAUAUAAGGGCGAAGAAGCAUUUGGUGGCAAGGUCUUGCACUCUAUGGAUUACUCUAAAUUAGACAAAGAUGGUGUUCGCGACUUACUCCAAGGAAAGAAAGUUGCCAUUGUUGGCUACAAGAAAUCAGCCAUUGAUUUAGCUGUGGAGUGCGCCAUGGCUAACCAAGGACCAAAAGGCCAACCAUGCACAGUGGUGAUAAGGACUUUACAUUGGACCGUUCCAUCAUACUGGAUAUGGGGCUUGCCAUUUUUCUUCUUCUUUUCAACAAGGUCUUCUCAAUUUCUCCAUGAAAGGCCAAACCAGAGCUGCUUCAAGACCCUGCUCUGCCUUCUUUUAUCUCCAAUGAGAAAGGCAAUUUCCAAGUUCGUAGAGUCUUAUUUGGCAUGGAAGCUUCCUCUAGUGAAGUAUGGAUUGAAACCUGACCACCCGUUUGUGGAGGACUAUGCAUCUUGCCAAAUGGCUAUAUUGCCGGAGCAAUUCUUUCCAGAGGCUGAUAAAGGAAAUAUACUGUUCAAAAGGACAUCAAAAUGGUGGUUUUGGAAUGGAGGAAUUGAAUUUGAAGACCAUACGAAAUUGGAGGCUGAUGUCGUGCUGCUGGCUACUGGUUAUGAGGGGAGAAAGAAGCUCCAGGACUUGUUGCCUCAGCCCUUUUCUAGUCUAAUGAUAGAUUCAUCUGGAAUAAUGCCCUUAUACAGGGGAACAAUCCAUCCAUUGAUACCCAACAUGGCAUUUGUGGGGUACAUUGAGAGUGUAUCGAAUCUGCACACAGCAGAGUUAAGGUGCAUAUGGCUAGCUAGGCUAGCUGAGGACAGAUUCAGGCUUCCUAGUAUUGGAAAGAUGAUUGAACAAACAACAGAAGAGAUAGAAAUCAUGAAAAGAACUACCAGAUUUUACAAGAGGCAUUGUAUUUCAACUUAUAGCAUUAAUCACAGUGAUGAGAUAUGUGAAGAGAUGGGAUGGAAUCCUUGGAGGAAGAGGAACUUGUUCUUGGAAGCUUUCAGCCCUUACAACAGCCAAGACUAUCAAGAAAAGAAAGACAUAUAGUAGCAGAAUAACCUCUCUUUUUUUCCUGUCUGCCAAGGUUAUUACUACAGAAAUAAGAAAACUAAUAUAUAUAUAUAUAUAUAUAUAUAUAUAUAUAUAUAUUGUAUUAAUAGAUUAUGAAAUAAAGGGGUCCAUUAUUGGAAAAUUGUAAACGUUCUUGAUAUAUUUAAUUGGGCUUCUUGGCUCCGGCAUAUUGAAUUAAGAGUGGAUCUCUGGUGGCACAUGUUAAUUUGACAGAUUCGCAAAAGAAACUUGUUAAGAUUUUGUCAAAACAUUGACAAAAAUAAUUAAGAAAUUGGAAAUCUUGGAAAGGCCAAGGCAUCAAAUAUUUGCUAAUGGGUUAUGGAGAACGUUAAUUGAAUAGGAUAUAAAAUAAUAAUAAUAAUAAACGAAUCCUUUUUUAAUUAUAGUGUCAAUUUGAACGUUAUGAUAAGGUUCCAAUCAUUCUUAAAUUGUUUUUUCUUUUCUAAGCAGAUUAUUCUAAUCAUUAUACAAGCGAAUUUCUUAUCCAGGAAUGAAUUCCACUCAUCAAAACUUACAAUAACAAACCCAAGAUUUCAACCCAAACCAUAAUUAAAACCAACAUCAAAAAAAUAACUUGCUAUCGUACCAACCAAAGUCAAAGUCGAAUUCCAAGCCAAGCUUUUGCUUUAUCUCACAAUUCUCUCUUUCCAAACACUUUUAUCGUUCAUGAUUCUCUGUUUAUUUAAAUUUGUAAUAUUACUGAUUUUGUUACGAGCUACAAUGUAUAUGUAUAAAAUGUGUCAUCUU